AUGACUGACUCCUCAUAUAUACAAGUGGAAGAUAUAUACCAUCCUGAGGCAGAUGUUGAAAAUUCCGAGGACUAUGUACCCGGCGGAUACCACCCAACUCUCAUCGGAGACACCUUGUGUAGUGGCCGUUACACCGUCGUCCACAAGCUUGGUUUUGGUGGAUAUUCAACGAUUUGGCUCGCCCGCGAUCACCAACGCCAGCGCUAUGUAUCCCUAAAGAUACUGACUGCAAGAGCAUCGCCAGAUAACCACUUCCCGAUGAAGAGCGACCUCGCUCAUUCUGGAAAGCGAUUCACUCCAUCGCUACUAGGUCAAUUCUCGUUUCAUGGUCCAAAUGGACAUCAUCGGUGCUUGGUCGGAGAGCCUGCUGGUGCCAAUGUUGCUAAUCCCAAGGAGGACAGCCCAAAUUCAUGUUUCCGCCGGACGCUGCUAGAUCUGCUGCCGCCCAGCUCCUCUUAG